AUGAUCAAAGAUUAUAAAAUUAUGAAAUUAAAUCAACAAAAUGAUCAUAUGAUACCACAUAGAAACAAAUUAAUUUAUAUAUUACGUCAUAUUUGGUUACUACCCAAAUUAUAUUGGAUGGAUAAUAAUAAUAAUAAUAAUAGUAAUAAUAAUGAUAUUGAAAAAGAAAUGAAAGAUAAUUUAAAACUGUGGAAUGGUAAACCAUUUAUUUCACUAAAUCCAUAUACUGGUAUAUUAAGUGUUAGUAGACAAUUAGUGUUGAUGGAUGUAGGAGAAUACAUUUUAUACAUAGAUAUACAAGAUUAUAAUCAACCUGAAUUAUUUAAUACAACAUGUAUCAUAUUUCUUAAUAUUUUACCAACAGAACUUCAUCAAAGACCAAUUAAUGAUUUACCUGAUUCUAUAUCAUAUAAUCCUAUAUCUAGGUCUUCUCCUUAUUCAACAACAUCAUCAUCAUCAUCAUCAUCAUUAUCAUUAUCAUCAAGUUCAUCUGUACAUUCUCCUCUGAAUCCAUCCAUAUUUAUUGACCCUCAUAAUAAUAAUAAUAAUGUAUAUAAUUUACCGGAACAAAAUAUCAACUUUCCCAUUGGAAACAAUCAAUUGAUGAAAAUAAAUAAACAUUUAUUAUUACCUAUUAUACUUAUUACUAUAGUAAUUAUAUUCAUUAUAAUAAUAAUUAUGAUUAUUAUUUAUCGUAAUAAAUGUAAAUCAAAAUCAAUUAAUCAAUAUAAAUCAAAUGUAAAUAUCAUUAUUGAUGAACAAAAUCAAUUAUUAUGUUUAACAUCCAAUCAUAAUGACGAGAUACUACUUAAAUCAAUUAAUAGUAGUAGUAAUAAUAAUAGUAACCAUAGUAAUCAUAGUAGUAGUAGUAUAAAUAUGAAUAGAAAUAGUAUAUAUAGUCAUAAUGAAAUGAAUCAUCAUUAUCAUUCAACUGAUAUAAUUCAAUUCAAUAAUGAUCUUCCUAUAACAACAAAUAUAUAUUAUACAAAUGGAUUACAUCAUGAAAAUAUGGGAAAUUUAACAAGUUCACAGGUUAGAUACAAUAUGAUUCAUGGAAAUGAACCUAUUUACAAUUGGAUGAAUAUCAUUGAAGAUGAUCAACAUUUAUCAAAUAUUCAUUAUACAUUUACUAAUCAUUCUAUUGUAAAUAAUUUUUACAAAAAUUAUGAAGAUGAAAAUCAACAGAUGACUCUAACAGAAACAACAUCAAAUAUGUAACAGAGAAAAGAUUAUCAUUAUUAUUAUUAUUACUCCAUUGUUAUUAUAUGUCAUUGUUAUAUUACUGAUGAA